UACGGCAAGGGCACGACGAUCAUCAAGCAGGGCGACCGCGGCGACGACUUCUUCGUCAUGGAGAUGGGCACGGUCGAGUUCUACAUCGAGGGCAACAAGAAGGCCGUGGGCGCCUGCGGGUCCGGCAAGGGCUUCGGCGAGCUCGCUUUGAUGUACAACACGCCCCGGGCGGCUACCGUGCUCGCGAAGACGGACAUCAUCGCGUGGAAGAUCGACCGCGAGCGGUUCCGCCUCGUGCUCGCGAACCACGCGAAGGCGCGGAGUGAGCAGUACAAGGCGCUGCUCAUGGAGAUCGAGCUGAACAAGAAGAAGGCGCCGGAGACGGCCGACGGCAAGAGUGCGUUCCUGCGGGAGUGCAUCACCGACGACCAGCUCACGAAGCUCGCGGACUGCAUGGACGAGGAGGACGUCGACGACGGCGUCGACAUCAUCAAGGAGGGCGAGGACGGCCACACCUUCUACAUCAUCGCCAACGGCGAGGUCGAGGUGAGCACGGCCAAGGCGGGCAAGGUCGCGUCCCUCAAGAAGGGCGACUACUUUGGGGACCGCGCGCUCGUGUCGGACGAGAAGCGCGCGGCGACGUGCACGGCCAAGGGCUCGGCGACGAAGGUGCUCGCCGUGGACCGCGAGGACUUCGUCGCGCUUUUGGGCUCCAUCGAGGAGCUCAUCAAGAACGGCUCGAACAAGGAGGAGGCCGUGGACACGUCGAAGCGCAAGGCCGAGCGCCUCGGCAUGGAGCAGAUCACGGUCAUCAAGACGCUGGGCCACGGCGCCUUCGGCCGCGUCAAGCUCGUCAAGGAGACGAAGAGCGGCAUCGCCUACGCGCUCAAGUCGCAGGCCAAGGCCGCGAUCAUCGACAACAAUUUGCAGGACCACGUGCUCAUGGAGCGCGAGAUCUUGAUGCAGCUCGACCACCCCUUCAUCCUGAAGCUCAUCUGCGCCUUCCAGGACGACUACUUCAUCUACUUCCUCCUCGAGCUGCUCAUCGGCGGCGAGCUCUUCACCUUCCUCCGGAAGCACCAGCGGUUCUCGGAGCCGACGAUGAAGAUCUACGCCGCGGGCGUCGUCCUCGGCUUCGAGCACAUGCACAGCAAGAAGAUCGCCUACCGCGACCUCAAGCCCGAGAAUCUGGUGCUGGACAAGGAGGGCUACCUGAAGAUCGUCGACCUGGGCCUCGCCAAGGUCGUCCACGGGAAGACGUGGACGCUCUGCGGCACGCCCGACUACCUCGCGCCGGAGAUCAUCCUCAACGAGGGCCACGACAAGGCCGUCGACUACUGGGCGCUCGGCGUCCUCAUGUACGAGCUCGUCGCGGGCGUGCCCCCCUUCUACGCGGACGACCCCAUGGAGGUCUACGAGAAGAUCCUGUCGGGGUCCAUGUCGUUCCCGUCCCACUUCGGCAAGUACCUCAACGACAUCGUCCGCAAGCUCCUCAAGCUCUGCCAGUCGAAGCGCCUCGGCAACGGCAAGGGCGGCUGCGGCGCCAUCAAGAAGCACCGCUUCUUCUCCGGCUUCGGCUGGGAGGACCUCGUCACGAAGAAGAUCAAGCCGCCCAUCGAGGUCAAGGUCGCCGACGACGCCGACGCGUCCAACUUCGACAACUACGAGGAGGACAAGGAGGAGAUGCCCGCGAUGAUGAAGGACUGGUGCCCGCAGCUCGACGACUAG